AUGUACCAUGACUGCACUCGGCCAAUUGUCCAUCGAGACCUAUGGUGCAAUAACGUUCUGUUGAAUUCAGAAUUUGAGGCCUGUGUCCCUGACUUCGGCACUGCCAGAUUGUUGAUGCCUGAUUCGUCCAAUUGGACCACGCUCGCAGGCAUUUAUGGAUACAUCGCUCCAGAAUUUCUUUCUUCCAAUGCCUUUACAACAGCACCAGCAUCCACACUUGGAGAAGCAGAGGCUCUCAUGGAAUGGAAAGCCACCCUCUUGUCACCACAAGCUCUCCAUUCAUGGUCACUUCCAUCUGCUAAUGCUAGUGCCAACACAAUCUCUCCGUGCAAAUGGUAUGGGAUCUCCUGCAACGGCCUUGGAAGCGUAAUAGAGAUAAGCUUACCCAGUGCAGGCGUACAAGGUAAGCUUCAUAACUUGAGUUUCUCGUCAUUUCCAAACCUCCUCCGUCUCAAUCUCAGUGACAACACACUCACUGGAACCAUCCCAGCUGAUAUCGGCACUCUUUCCAGACUCGUCUCCCUCAAUAUCUCUAUGAAUAAUCUCUCUGGAGUUCUACCUCUUUCAAUUGCUAACCUUUCUCACCUUUCAGAGCUCGACAUCUGGUCUAAUGAAAUAACUGGGCCUAUUCCUCCAUCUUUAGGAAAUCUCAAGAAUUUGUUUGAGUUGGCAUUGUCACAAAACAAUCUGACGGGUCCAAUCCCUCCUGCUUUAGAAGUUGGGAAUUUAAUGAAUCUGAACCAUCUUGAGCUGUCAGACAACCUUCUAACAGGUUCUAUUCCUUCCACUUUAGGGAACUUGACAAAACUGAUGAACCUCCAACUCCAAAGAAAUCAAAUUUCUGGUUCAAUUCCUCUAGAAAUUGGGAAUUUAGUAAAUCCCAAUGGGCUUGAGCUUGCUAGUAACCUUCUAACAGGUUCUAUCCCUUCCUCUUUAGGAAACUUUACCAAGCUUGAACGCUUCUCUGCAUUUGACAACCAUUUAAAUGGUGAGAUCCCAAAAAGCUUUAGAAAUUGCACUAGGUUAACUAGAGUUCGACUGGAGGGAAACCAGCUCAUUGCAAAUGUAUCAGAAGUCUUUGGUGUAUACCAGCAUCUCUAUUUCAUGGAUGUCAGCAACAACAGGUUGUUUGAUUGGGCAGUUGAAGCAGCUAGAGUACUUGGUCUUUCUUCAAACCUUCUAGAAGAAGAGAUUCCAAAGGAAUUUGAGAGGCUAACUUCUUUGUUCAAUUUGAGUUUAAAUGAUAACCAACUUUCUGGUCAGGUACUGAAAGAGAUUGGAAAACUCUCCAAUUUGGAGGUUCUUGACUUGUCAAUGAAUCACCUAAGUGGUCCAAUACCACCUCAAUUAGGGGAUUGCUCCAAACUCCGAUAUCUCAAAUUGAGCGAAAACGAUUUGAAUGGAAGCAUUCCAUUGCAAAUUGGUAACCUGGUAUACUUACAGGAUUUACUAGAUCUCAGUCAUAACUCGCUCAAUGGAGAGAUAUCACCACAACUUGGGAAAUUGCAUGUGCUGGAAAAGUUAAACCUCUCCCACAACAUGUUGUCGGGCUCCAUUCCACCUUCUUUUGAAGCAAUGUUCAGCUUGCAAUCUAUUGAUUUUUCAUACAAUGCUUUGGAAGGUCCUCUUCCCAACAGCAAAAACUUUCAGAAGGCUCCUGCAAUGGCAUUCAUAAAAAACAAAGGUUUAUGUGGUGAAGUGCAAGGUUUGAGACCCUGCAACGCCCCUUCAAUAAGGCAUGGUGAUGCAAGGAAAGGCCGCCAAGUUGUCAUCUUCAUUGUUCUUCCUCUCUUGGCAGCCUUGUUUCUUUUAUUUAUAGUCGUCGGUGUUUCUUCCAUUUAUUCCCAAAGACGAAGAAAUAAAGAGAAGGUGGUUCUUGAAAGGAGUAGCAGAAAUCCAUUUUCAAUAUGGAAUUAUGAUGGGAUUGAUGCAUUUGAACAGAUCGUGGAAGUGACAGAGGGUUUCGAUGACAAAUACUGCAUCGGAAUUGGAGGGUAUGGAAAAGUUUACAAAGCAAAUCUACCAUCAGGCCAAGUAGUAGCUGUGAAAAAACUUCACCCACUCGAAGGUGGGGAUCAAUCCGAUCAAAGAAGUUUUAGAAAUGAGAUUUGAGCAUUAAUAGAAAUCCGCCAUCGCAACAUUGUGAAGCUUUAUGGUUUUUGUUCCCAUGCUCAAUUCUCAUUUCUAGUCUAUGAGUACAUGGAAAGGGGAAGCUUGGCUGGCAUCCUAAACAACGACAGAGAAGCUGCAGAGUUUGACUGAACUCUAAGGGCGAAGGUUAUUAAAGGUGUGGCCCAUGCAUUAUCUUACAUGCACCAUGAUUGCACCCAACCAAUUGUCCAUCGAGACCUAUCAAGCAACAACGUUCUGCUGAAUUCGGAACUUGAGGCCUGUGUUUCUGACUUUGGCACUGCAAGAUUGUUGAUACCUGAUUCGUCCAAUUGGACUAUGCUCGCCGGCACUUACGGAUACAUCGCUCCAGGUUAGCUGUUAAUUCAUUCUCCACACUAUAAAAGUUUUAUUAGCAAUUGGUCUUUAUUUUUUCUUAAGCUUUCCCUUUUAUUUUAUUUUAUUUUUUGUUGGCAAUUACAUACUAAGGAUUGUGCAUAAGUUAACAUACGGUUGU